AUGUCUGCUGCCCAACAGGCAAACAUCAACCAGCAAUACCAGCAGCAGCUCCAAGAGUCGCACCUCAUGCACCAGCUGCACCAGCACUACCACCAACAACAACAAGCUCAAGACCCGCAGCCCCGGAGACGCGUCGCCGUGAAGAAGACGUUUCCGACGCUCGUGUCGGCGAGCAUGCGGGACCGGCAGGCGCGCGGGAAGAACGCGUACAAGAAGCAUGAGGACGACUUGACGGAUGAGGAGGCCGAUGACGAUGAGGAUUUGGAGGAGAUGGAGGAGUUGGAAGAGGAGGAGGAGGAAGAGGAUGAGUAUGAUGAUGAUGACUUUGACGAUGCUAGCAAAACGACUACUUCGUCCAUUUUCAGCUGUAAAUCGGAAGCUUUCGAGACGCGUGAGCGGAGAGCGUAUGCUCUUGCGGUGCUGGAUCGGCCUGAGCAGCUGAUGAUGUACGCCAACACCUCAAACGACAGCCUCGCAAGUCAGAGGCUGCGCUUCACGGCCAUGAUGUGCGGCUACGAAGACGAGGCGGAUUGGCGGAACAAUGCGCACUUCAAAACUACCCUGUCGGUGGCGCGGGAGAGGCACGUCAAGACGCGAAAGGCUGUUAAUAACAUGGACCUGGAGGAUGAUUGA